GCCUCCUCCUUACACUCCCCGGGUGGCGGGGUUAGAUGAGCGGCCCCAGUAGCGGCGAGGGCGGCGCGGGGGGGAGGAGGAGAAGGCGGCGGCGGCGGAGGAGGUCGCUGUCUUUGUAGUCUCCUUGCUGUGGGAGCCCGAGGCCGCCGCUGGAGCCGUUGUCGUUGGAAAAGAGCUGUGAGUGCGCGCGCGUGUCUGCCCGCCCGGCCCGCGGGGACGAGGCGGCGGCGCCGGCUCAAGAGAGGAUGAUGAUGUGCGCGGCGACUGCCUCCCCCGCCGCCGCCUCUUCGGGGCCCGGGGGGGACGGAUUCUUCCCAGCCGCUACCCUCUCUUCCUCCCUAGCGCCGGGGGCGCUGUUUAUGCCGGUUCCCGAAGGCUCCGUGGCAGCCGCGGGGCUGGGGCUGGGGCUGCCUGCCGUGGAUUCCCGGGGUCACUAUCAGCUGCUGCUGUCUGGCCGGGCCCUGGCCGACCGCUACCGGAGAAUUUACACAGCUGCGCUCAGUGACAGGGACCAGGGGGGCAGCAGCGCUGGACACCCGGCCUCCAGGAACAAGAAAAUUUUAAAUAAGAAGAAGUUGAAAAGAAAACAGAAGAGCAAAUCAAAAGUGAAGACAAGAAGCAAGUCUGAAAACUUGGAGACUACAGUAAUCAUACCAGAUAUCAAACUACAUAGCAAUCCUUCUGCUUUUAACAUUUACUGUAAUGUACGUCAUUGCGUUCUGGAAUGGCAGAAAAAGGAAACAUCAUUGGCAGCUGCAUCUAAGAACUCUGUGCAGAGUGGAGAAUCAGAGAGUGAUGAAGAGGAGGAGUCCAAAGAGCCCCCCAUCAGGCUUCCAAAGAUUAUCGAGGUUGGCCUUUGUGAAGUUUUUGAGUUGAUCAAGGAGACACGGUUUUCUCAUCCAUCCCUGUGUCUGAGGAGUCUCCAAGCCCUGCUGAAUGUGCUUCAGGGUCAGCAGCCAGAAGGUCUUCAGUCAGAGCCACCUGAGGUCUUAGAAUCUCUCUUCCAGCUGCUUUUGGAAAUCACUGUUCGGAGUACUGGGAUGAAUGACAGCACAGGACAGUCCCUGACAGCACUGUCCUGUGCUUGUCUCUUUAGUCUGGUGGCUUCUUGGGGAGAAACAGGAAGGACACUUCAGGCCAUCUCUGCUAUCCUUACCAACAAUGGUAGCCAUGCUUGCCAAACUAUUCAGGUGCCAACAAUACUAAAUUCACUGCAGAGAAGUGUACAGGCAGUUUUGGUGGGAAAAAUUCAAAUUCAGGACUGGUUUAGCAAUGGCAUUAAGAAAGCAGCUUUAAUGCACAAGUGGCCGUUAAAAGAAAUAUCUGUUGAUGAAGAUGACCAGUGUCUACUUCAGAAUGAUGGAUUUUUUCUUUAUCUGUUAUGCAAGGAUGGAUUAUACAAAAUAGGCUCUGGAUACAGUGGAACAGUUAGGGGCCAUAUAUAUAAUUCUACAUCACGAAUCAGAAACAGAAAGGAAAAAAAAUCUUGGUUAGGGUAUGCACAGGGUUUCUUAUUAUAUAGAGAUGUGAAUAACCACAGCAUGACAGCCAUAAGAAUAAGCCCUGAAACACUGGAACAAGAUGGUACUGUAUUGUUACCAGAUUGCCACACUGAAGGUCAAAAUAUUUUGUUUACUGAUGGAGAAUAUAUUAAUCAGAUUGCUGCUUCAAGAGAUGAUGGCUUUGUUGUCAGAAUAUUUGCAACGAGUACUGAACCUGUGCUUCAACAAGAAUUACAACUUAAACUGGCCAGAAAAUGCUUACAUGCCUGUGGAAUCUCACUAUUUGAUCUGGAAAAGGACUUGCAUAUUAUAAGUACAGGAUUUGAUGAGGAAUCAGCAAUUCUCGGUGCAGGACGAGAGUUUGCACUAAUGAAAACAGCAAAUGGAAAGAUAUAUUACACGGGCAAAUACCAGAGUCUUGGAAUCAAACAAGGUGGUCCUUCAGCAGGAAAAUGGGUUGAGCUACCAAUUACAAAAUCUCCAAAGAUAGUACACUUCUCAGUUGGACAUGAUGGCUCUCACGCCCUUUUAGUUGCAGAAGAUGGAAGCAUAUUCUUUACAGGAUCUGCUAGUAAAGGAGAAGAUGGAGAGUCAACUAAGAGCAGACGGCAAUCAAAACCCUAUAAACCUAAAAAAAUAAUUAAAAUGGAAGGAAAGAUUGUGGUGUAUACAGCCUGCAAUAAUGGAAGUAGUUCUGUUAUUUCUAAAGAUGGAGAACUAUACAUGUUUGGGAAAGAUGCCAUUUACUCUGAUAGUUCAAGUUUGGUAACUGAUUUGAAGGGCCAUUUUGUAACUCAGGUAGCUAUGGGCAAAGCUCACACUUGUGUUUUAAUGAAGAAUGGAGAAGUUUGGACAUUUGGUGUAAAUAAUAAAGGACAGUGUGGAAGAGACACUGGUGCCAUGAACCAAGGAGGAAAAGGGUUUGGAGUUGAAAAUAUGGCAACAGCAAUGGAUGAGGACCUGGAAGAAGAACUAGAUGAAAAAGAUGAGAAGUCCAUGAUGUGCCCUCCAGGCAUGCAUAAGUGGAAGCUGGAGCAGUGCAUGGUGUGCACCGUGUGUGGAGACUGCACUGGUUAUGGAGCCAGCUGUGUCAGCAGUGGGCGUCCAGACAGAGUCCCUGGAGGGUAAGACACGGAUCCUGCCAAAGAAAAUGUGCAGAACACAUUUUUAAAAAAUUGCUUCUGAAUAUAUUCUACUGU